CUAGCCGCCCCUCUCCCCCCGGCCCCGCACCCCGUCGCGGCAGCCGGUGACCUCUGCGCGUCCCUGAGGUGGUGGGGACGGGCCCUGGGGCGGCAGAGGAAAUACAGUCACCAUGUCGUCUGCACUGUUGCCUAAGCCACAAAUGCGGCGCCUUUUGGCCAGGAGGAUGAAAUUUCACCUUUUUGGGGCAUUUUUUGUAUCUGUAGGAUGUGCAGCUUUAUAUAAGUUUGGAAUUGCUGAACCAAGGAAACGAGCUUAUGCAGAGUUCUAUAAAAACUAUGAUGCCAUGAAGGACUUUGAAGCCAUGAGAGCAGCUGGAGUGUUUGAGUCUGCUCCACCCAAAUGAUGGUAACUUGUGUUUACAGAUCCCUUUCAGUCUAAGGCGACUUGAUGACCGAACGUCAUUUGUUCACUGAAUUGUGAAGUGUCCUGCACACCAGUGCACGGCACGCUCUGGUGUAACUCAAUAAAUAAAAUGCAUAUGUCAGUGGC